AUGCAGAAUGUGGUCGGACGAACGGCAUUGCAUGAAGUCGCUGCUUUGGGAGAUCCGAAUCUGCUGAAAAUUAUGUUCAAAUUGCACGCAGAUGCCAACGUACUCGACAAGGGAUAUUUUCGAUAUACAUUUGAGGACGAUAAAACGCCUGUGCAUGUAGCUGCUGAGCGAGGAUACACGUCCAUCGUUGAGCAGUUGAUCGACAAAUUUGGUGGUUCCAUCAGAGCUCGAACCAGAGAUGGCUCCACACUUCUUCACAUUGCUGCGUGCUCGGGUCACACGAGCACAGCUCUCGCUUUCCUGAAAAGAGGUGUACCGCUGUUCAUGCCAAAUAAAAAGGGAGCCUUAGGCUUGCAUUCGGCUGCUGCUGCUGGUUUCAAUGAAGUUGUCAAAAUGCUCAUAGCACGAGGCACGAACGUCGAUAUUCGAACAAAGUCAGGGAAGGCAUCGGUGGUCGAAACAUUGCUGGGCUCAGGAGCUGACAUUCAUGUGAGGGGAGGAGAACUAGGACAAACUGCACUUCACAUCGCCGCUUCACUGAGUGGACCAGAAUCGCGUGAAUGCGCUAUGAUGCUUCUGAAGUCCGGUGGACAGCCUGACGUCGCUCAGGAAGACGGCGAAACCUGCUUGCACCUGGCAGCUCGCAAUGGCAAUAAGGAGAUAAUGAGGUUGUUGCUCAACGAGAAUGCGAAUCUACAAUUGAUGUCGAAUAGC